AUGCCCAGCCAAUCCCGCAGUCGGGACCGGUAUGGUCGCGACCGCGAUCGAGAUCGAUCCCGCGUUCAAUCGCGCAGACGAUACCACGAGUCCGAAGACGAUGAUGACGAUUUCGACGACAACCCGCGCGACCGGCGUUACAGACGGGAUGGCUAUAGCCGGGCACCGGCCGAUUCACGAGCUUACGAUUCUUACGACGAUUACGAAAUAGUUGAUGUGGCGGAGGAACCACGGAGAGACCGGUCGGAUACGGAGCGACGACGGGAACGAUCGAGGGCCUCGCCGGCUACGUCUCCUCGCAAACGAGAACGUACACGGGACCGGGACGGUGGCCACAGGCGAAAACGUACGGACGAUAACGAUCCCGCGCCGCAAACACAUCGGGAUCGGGGGUCACGGACAAGACGGGAUCGCGCUUUGGACGACGAGGAAUUAGAAGACGCUGCACGAAGACACCGCCGGCGAGAACGAGAGCGCGAGCGAGAGAGGCGUGGCGGAACCUCUAAACACAAGAGCACGGACUCGUCGAACAGUUCUGCUGGGUUGCUGAAUGCCGACGCCUUGGCCAAACUCAGGGCACAGCAUGAAGAGCUAGACCGUCAGGAGCAACGUCGAGCUGACAAGGAAGCCAAAGCAGAAAAGAAAAGAAGGCGGAAGCGCGCAGCGGUUGAAGGGCAGACGCGCACUCUCGCACCGUUCCCGGAUGAGGUCCCUCGGGGUCAAUCUAAAGGGCGUAUUGUGUCCGGAGCGUACCUUGAAGAAGGCAGGGCUCCGGAUAUGGAAGUCAGAUUGCGCGGGGGUGCGCGAGGACCGCCAAGAGACAGACAUUGGGAAAAGGAAAAUGAUGCAUCAGCUGCAAAAGUACCGUUUUGGAAGCGAAGAAAAUGGUGGUGGAUUGGAGCUAUUGUCCUUGUUAUCGUGAUCAUAAUCAUUGUCGUCGCGGUUGUUGUAUCAAACAAUAAAAAUGGAGGCUCUGAUUCGGACUCCGGCUCUAGCUCAGCUGAUUCAUCAGACUGGGGUGGUGACAAAUCAGCCCUAGAUGGACUUGAUCACGACAGUAUUCCAGAAUCCGCACGAGGCACCGUCCUGGACCCAUGGACAUGGUACGAAACUACAGACUUCAACGUGACCUACACGGACGAGACUGUCGGCGGUCUUUCUAUCAUGGGUUUGAACUCCACCUGGGACGAUUCUGUCGCGCCAAACGAAAACGUACCGGCACUCAACAAGCCAUUCCCUUACGGAUCGCAACCAAUCCGCGGUGUUAAUAUUGGAGGAUUGCUCUCCCUCGAACCGUUCAUUAAGCCCUCGUUGUUCGAAGGAUACUCGUCGGAUGUGGUCGACGAGUACACAUUGACCACAACGUUGGGCGAUAAAGCCGCUCACGUUCUAGAAGAACACUACGCAACAUUCAUCACCGAGCAAGACUUUGCCGAUAUGGCUGAAGCUGGAAUAGACCAUGUCCGAAUCCCGUUUUCCUACUGGGCAGUGAACCCUAGGGAUGAUGAGCCGUACGUGGCCAGAAUCUCCUGGCGAUAUCUUCUCCGCGUUAUCGAGUACUGCCGCAAGUACGGGCUGCGAGUGAAUCUUGAUCCGCACGGUAUGCCGGGUAGUCAAAAUGGCAUGAACCACAGCGGACGGCAGGGCAGCAUUCGCUGGCUAAAUGGCGAUGACGGCGACACGUUUGCUCAACGCUCGCUCGAAUUUCACGAGAAGAUCUCCAAAUUUUUUGCGCAAGACCGAUACAAGAACGUCAUCGCCAUCUACGGCCUCAUUAAUGAACCAUACAUGCUUUCUCUGGACGUCGAGAAAGUCCUCAACUGGACUACCACGGCCACCGAGUUGGUCCAAAAGAACAACAUCACCGCGAAGAUAGCCUUCCACGACGGCUUUCUCAACCUCAGCAAGUGGAAGACUAUGCUCAAGAAUGGACCGCCAAACCUUCUUCUUGACACCCACCAGUACACCAUCUACAAUGUCGCGCAAAUCGUCCUCAAUCACACCGCAAAGAUCAACUUUGUCUGCAAUGACUGGGUCGGCAUGAUUGGUGAAGUCAAUUCCACUUCUGAAGGCUGGGGCCCUACUAUAUGUGGUGAAUGGACACAAGCCGACACUGACUGCACUAAAAACCUCAACAAUAUUGGCCGCGGCACUCGCUGGGAAGGGACAUACUCUACGGACGACUCAACAAUGUACUGUCCCACGGCCGACCAGGGCACUUGCAGUUGUACCAAGGCCAACGCAGACCCGUCAGAUUACUCAGAUGACUACAAGCUGUUUCUAAAAACAUACGCGGAGGCCCAGAUGUAUGCAUUUGAGCAAGCACAGGGCUGGUUCUACUGGACGUGGCACACGGAGUCGGCGCCGCAGUGGAGCUAUAAGACGGGUUGGCAGAAUGGCUUUAUGCCUGCGAAGGCGUAUAGCCUUGACUUUAAGUGUGGCGAUGAGGUGCCGAGCUUUGGGGCCUUGCCGGAGUACUAUUGA